GAUAUUAUCAAAAUACACAGUCCAUUAAUUUACAACGAAUAAACAAAGAUGAUGAUGCCAUUUCAUUAAAUAGUCGCAAUGAUAAUUUAUAUCCAUCUCCACAACAUUCACAUACAAUCGCACAGUAUUCACCAAAAUCUAAAAUAGGAUUUAAUGGUUUACAUGCGGCUCUUAUCGCUAAUUGGAUUAAUCAUGAAGAUAACGAAAUACCAACAACAACUUCAAAUAUCACUCAUAAAUUUAAACUUUUACUUCGUGGUAGUAAGGACGGUAGAGGUGUUGUAACUUUUCAUGAUCUUUGCGAUUUUAAAGGAGCCACAAUAGUUUUGAUUAAAAUUAUGGGAACAGGUGAACUUAUUGGCGGGUAUAAUCCAAAUUCUUGGACAUCAUCAGAUAGAUAUGUUCGAACUACUGAAAGUUUUAUAUUCUCUCUUGGAAAUAAUACUCAAGAUCCGAGUAAUUAUGUUUUGAGUAGGGUUAAGUUUGCUGAAUUUGCAAUAAGAGAUUCUUCGGCAGUUAACACUUCUAUCGGAUUUGGAAACGACCUUUGGUGGUUCGAAGGAAAAUGUAUGCAUUUUAAUUAUAACAAAAAAAUACUUGGUACGCGACAAUUUUUUUCCAUGGAAGAUUAUGAAGUAUUUCAAGUUGUAAAGAAUGAAUGA